UUUCUGUCUGUGUCUGUGAGUACGAGUUGGCGAAGCAAGAAAGGAGUAAAGACCUUCCUAAAACAUAAUCAUUGAUAUUGACACUUUCUUCUCUGAAGUUGAAGAGUGCAACUCACAAUCUCUGUUUGCCUUUUUAGAAGGAUUUCCGAAUUUGGUGAUCGGCUGGUUGCGUCAUGGAAGUGCAAAAACUGGAUGGUACGUGAAGGUCGUGAAAACUGCGAACCCUGCAGCACAGAAAGAUCACUGCAACCUGUAGGCUAGCAUAACUCAGUACUGUUUGCGCCCAGCCAAGGCUCCGGGGCAGAGAAGAACGAAGUGACUUUGACUAGUAGCGCUCGCAUCAACCACCAGCCACUGCAGAGUACUGGAUAGUAGUACCGAGCUAGCUGCUAUUGAAUCCAGAAGUCGCACGAGAGUGUUCAUCAACCAACUCGUAGACUGGGUAACUACUUUUAAGUUUAACUUAAAUAGAACCUAGAACUUGAUAAAACUUGGGACAUGGCCUCUCCAGACUGUGACACGGAGCUGCUGAAGUUCCCUCGCACCCAGCACCUGUUCGACGCCGGCGGCAGUGGUGUGUCGCGCGACGACCUGGUGAUGGACUCCGGGACGGCAGAGCUGUUCUACACGCCAGAACGAGGACGAGGGGCUGCGGCCGGCGAGAUCAUCGUGGAGGUGGAGGAGAAAGUCGACGGGGCCAACCUCGGAAUCUCGAUCGACGACGGCGGCCAGCUGAGGGCGCAGAAUCGCUCGCACUACGUCGACUCGAGCACGCACAAGCAGUUCAGUGCGCUGGACGGCUGGCUGGAGGAGCAUCGCGGAGAGCUGUACGAUCUCCUGUCGCCAGGCAACGACAUCCUGUACGGCGAAUGGCUGGCGGCGAAACACUCCAUACACUACACCAACCUGCCCGAUCUCUUUCUGGCAUUUGACCUAUUCGACCGCCGGGCACAGCGCUUCUGUAGCCGACGAGAGCGUGAUCGGCGCCUGAGUGAAUCCACUAGCCUGUCGACGGUGCGACUCGUCUAUAGCGGACUGCUGCGCAAUAAACAGCACGUGCUGGACCUUCUGGAGGAGCAGUCUCGGUUCUACGACGGGCCCAUCGAGGGUGUGUACAUACGCAUUGACGAGGAUGCGCCGGGAACGACGGCCAUGAGACUUCCGCUGGCAGAUAGCCAUGGGCGAAAGAAAGGUAAAGGCAAAGCGUCCAGGUCUGCCGGAGCUGGUGCAUCGGAAGCAGGCCCCUGGCUGCGGUUACGCGGCAAAGUCGUGCGCCCCGACUUCUUGCAGAACAUCGAAGAGCAGUGGACGAGGCAGAAAUUCACGAAGAACAUUGUCACGUACGCAUGACACAGCUAGAUUUCCCAAUCAACCGGCAGCACGACCCUAUAACAGACAUCUAUUGAAUGGCAGGUUCACUACCCAGCUGAGCAUGUGUGCAUGGCAGUACAUGUACGGGACUAGACAGUCAACACCAGGCAAACGUCAAUCGAUCCUUACCUAGAUACUCAGUAUUAUUAUGUUACAUUUCAAUUGCCAGUUAAUUUACCUUCAGUUCAGUUCAGUUCAGUUUUUAAUGAGUCUCUCAGUUCUGCAACACUGUGACCUUAGUCCUAUCCAAUUUUACUCUCAUAGAUGUAACUAAUACUAGUUCCUCAGACCUGAUAUUUUUGAUUCAUAACUCAUAACUCAGUCUAGAUUUUUAUAUAAUUUCAAAACGUUUUUACAGUAUUUUUAAUUAAUAUGCUGUUUGCAGCUUGAGUAAUAGUUUUGUAUGA